AGGCACGCGACUCAUCUGGAAGAAACUUUUUUACCAUGGAACAUCUCACGUCUGAACUUACGGCAUUCGUUGAGUGGCUGGGAGAAUACAGCCCAGAGCUUACUGCUGGUUCAUCAGAAGGCAAAGGCUCUGCAAUAGGGAAGACCACUUCUCAUGACACGGACUGGAAAAGAGACAAAGCUGAGGUAUCGACAACUAACUGGCUGCAGCUCUUGCCCAAAACACACGGCAAACGCAAAGUGGUCAUCGCCUCUCUGGCUUUCCAGAAGACCUGGGCACAGGUAUGUUGUCUGCUGGAAAGACUGGAGGAGGAGUACAAGAGGAUGGAGGACUGGUGCUGCGCAACAGGCAAGCCUGACUCCAGCGCUCAGAUGGUUCUUGUGACUUCCAUGAUCAGGAAACACCUGGAACAGAAGCAAUUCUUCCUCAGGCCUUUAUGUUAACAAAGGGAAUCGCAGAUAUCUUCUACCAGUACAUAGAGAGAAACGGC